AUGGCAAUUGUCUUCUCGAGAAUCAAGAGGAUGUUCUUCCUCUUGUUCUUCCCAUGCUUUUGUUCUGGUCAGCUUGCACCUCCACCGCUGCGUUUCUCCACUUUCCUGGAUCCUUCCAACAUGGUCUACCUCCACUGGGACCAUGAUGAUCAGGAGCUGAUGACAUUUGAGCUGCAGGUCCAUACAACUGGCUGGGUGGCAUUUGGAUUCAGCCCUCAUGGAGAGUUGCCUGGAUCUGACAUUGUGAUAGGAGGUGUCUUCCCAAAUGGCAGCAUCUACUUCUCUGAUUGUCACAUGGAAGGUGAGGCAACCCUUGAGGAAGAUGAGAGCCAGGACUACCAACUGCUGUCAGUGACAGAGAACAAAACCUCCACCACCAUGUCGUUCAAACGUCACCUCCGGACGUGUGACACAAAUGACCUGGAUAUCACAAUGGACACAGCCCAUCUUGUUGCUGCAUUUGGCACUGAUGACACAGUCCAAUUCUUUAAAAGCCAAAGAUUUUCCAGAUCUCUUUUCCUGAUGAGGUACAAAAGCCCAUCUGACUCAACUGACCCCAAAGUAUUCUUCACCUAUGACCUGAGGCUGGACAACUUUGCUGUUCCAGUAGAAGAAACGACGUAUGCCUGUACCUUUAUCCCACUGCCCAUGGUCAAGCAGAAACACCACAUCUACAAGUUUGAACCUGUAAUAACAUCCCACAAUAUAACCUUGGUUCAUCAUAUUCUUGUUUAUGCCUGUGGCAACUCCAGCAUCCUACCCAGUGGCAUAGGUGAUUGCUAUGGAGCCAAUCCAGAUUUUUCCCUGUGCUCUCAGGUCCUUGUGGGCUGGGCUGUUGGAGGAGAGUCCUAUCAAUUUCCAGAUGAAGCUGCAGUUUCCAUAGGGACACCUUGGGACCCUCAGUACAUACGACUGGAAAUCCAUUACAGCAAUCUUGACUUGUUACCAGGCUUGAUUGACAGCUCAGGGAUACGAAUCUACUACACACCAGAGCUACGGAAAUAUGAUGUGGGGGUUCUGCAAACAGGUGUCUUCAUUUUCCCUGCACAUUUCAUUCCUCCUGGAGCAGAAUCCUACAGAUCUUACGGUCUUUGCAAUUCCAGCCAGUUCGACGAAAUGAAUGGGAUGCUGGUUCCAGAUCUCCAUGUCUUUGCCUAUCUGCUUCACACUCACCUGUCUGGCAGAGGAGUGAAAGUCGUUCAAUACCGGAACGGUGAGCAGCUGAGGAUCAUCUGUGAGGACAAUAAGUAUGACUUCAGGCUGCAGGAAAUUCGGGACACGAAGGAAAUCCUCACAAUUAAACCAGGGGAUGAAAUCCUGACUGAAUGCAACUUUCAAACACUGGAUCGGUCAGGGGUUACUUUUGGUGGGCUAAGCACCAUGAAUGAGAUGUGCCUUGCAUUCCUCUUCUACUACCCUCGUAACAACAUCUCCAGUUGCAUGGGCUACCCAGACAUUUUGUAUGUUGCACACACAGUCAAGCAGGAGGCCUCAGAUGCAUUGGAAGGAAUGAUGGCCAUGAACUUUGUUGACUGGGAUGAUGAUACUGUCAAAAUUGCAGAGAAAGCUGCCAAGGAGGCAAACCAAGUGGUCGUGAUUAAAACCAUCAAU